UUUCCCGAGCCUGAGCCGCCGGGCGCCGGGCACGGCCAGCCCAGCAGGCGCUGCGCGCUGCUCCGACGCACGGAGCAGCUACAAGUUUCCCGCGGAGUCGGGCGCGGGGCUGGCUGCCAGGGCGCGGCCCGGGGCCGGAGGGUGCCAUGGAGCCCCCUGGGGCGCACCCGCCAAGUCUGGAGGCGCCAGGACCCGCGCCGUUUGGAGACGCCCCGCCGGCUGAGGGACCCUGUACCGAGGGUGGCGAGGAGGCCCUGAGCCCCGAGGGGGACGCAGAGUCGCCAGAGGAGGAGGCCGCCGUCUCGGACCCGGAGCAGGCGCUGGAGUGCCGCCGGCCGCGCGCGCGCUCCUUCUCCCUGCCCGCAGACCCCAUCCGGCAGGCGGCCAAGCUCCUGCAGCAGCAGGCCCGGGCGCCGGGCGCCGAGGGCGCCGAGCGGGCCGGAGACGCGCUGCACGGCCCGGGCGCCUGCUGCGCCAAGUGCAAGAAGCGGGUGCAGUUCGCCGACGCCCUGGGGCUGAGCCUGGCCAGCGUGAAGCACUUCAGCCAGGCGGAGGAGCCGCAGGUGCCGCCCGCCGUGCUCUCGCGCCUCCGCAGCUUCCCCAUGAGCGCCGAGGACCUGGAGCAGAUCGGCGGCCUGCUGGCGGCGGCGGCGGCGGCGGUGGGCAGCCCGCUCUCGGCGCCGCCUCCCCGGCUGCAGCCGCUCUUUCAGCUCCCGGGACCGAGCGCCGCGGCGGAGCGCCUCCGGCGGCAGCGCGUGUGCCUGGAGCGCCUGCAGUGCGCGGCGCCCUGGGGCGCGGAGGUGACGGGCUCCGGCCGGGUGCUCCGCUGCCCGGGGCCCAGGGCCGUGGCCGUGCGCUACACCUUCACCGAAUGGCGCUCCUUCCUGGACCAGCCGGCCGAGCUGCAGUCCGAGUCCCCGGAGCCGCAGGCCCCAGAGGUGCCGUCGGGGGUCUCAUCCGGGGGUGCGGAGGACGAGCCAGGCGCCGAGCGCUUCCACUUCUCGCUGUGCCUGCCCCCGGGCCUGCUGCCCAAAAACUGGGAGGAUGCGGACGCGCGGGACGUCGCCGUCCACUUCGCGGUUUGCUACCGCUGCGCGCAGGGCGAGUACUGGGACAACAACGCGGGGGCCAACUACACGCUGCGCUACGGGCGCCGCACGGACGCACCCUGAGCCCGGACACCCGGCCCUGCGGUCCGGCCCGCCUGCAGCGCGGGGAGCCGGGGCAGCCGCUCCGGAGCACCUGCCGGGGAGCGCGGGGAGCGCGGGGAGCUCGGCGGGAACCGCUGUCGGGUGAACUUCCCCGCAGGCGGAUGCGCACGGCCAGCUCGCGGCUUGCGCCCGUCUGUAGCAGCCUGCGGAAUGCCCAUCCUGCGCCAGAACCCGAGGCCGGGCACCCCAGCUUUCUCCUGCGUGCUACUCUGAGACCUCCACCCGCGUUUUUUGGUUUUUGCACCGUCAUGGAGUUCUUGCAGCUUGGUGGAGACGCCCAGAACGGACGAGGUGUCGGGCCCCCGCCUUCGAGGGAUGGCGCUGGGCUGUGGUCGCGCACGGAGGAGUAGCCCCGCACCCGCUCCUGUAACCUGCACCUGCAAGUGUUUGCCCAGACGAGACGUUGUGUGCUUGGGAGGCCGUGUACGAGUGACUCGGGAAAGGCAGAGCCCCUCGCACAGACCUGCGCUGCACUGUUUUGGGGGAGGCCUUUGGCAGGGGAUCUGCGCUUUAACGAUCAUUAAACGGCGGUAUUGACAGGUGUCA